AUGCUCCUCAACGCCCUCGCUCUCCUCGCCAGCGCUGCGCUGUACCAGCAUGCCACAGCGCAGGAAGCCAUGCGCCCGCCCAGACUUGUCAGCGCGAACCGAUCGCCGCUCGAGGCUGCCGCGCUGGGAAAGCGGGAUACCUGUUCGGACGGGGCACAGUGCUUUAUCGGGGCGUGCUGUGGGGAUGGGUGUGCGUCGAACUGCUGCGGGCAUGACCAGGGAGGAGUUGGAUGCGGCAUCACCGAACGGUGCAGCUUUAGUGGGAACGUGUUCAUCGGCUGCUGUCCGAUGUACGCUAUUGGCGGAUGCACAGGCACGGCGACACGCGUGACGAUCCACACGCCGUAUAGCACGGUCACGUUCGGUGCAGAGACGACCGCCGCGACGACCACGGAGCAGUCGUUCAGUCUGCCGACCGCGCCCGCGACGCCGACCGAGUCUACCAGGACAACUGACUCGUCGACGGAGCAGUCGUUUAGUCUGCCUACGGCGUCGCGGACUGGAAGGACCACUGCCUCGACUUCUUCGGACACUACUGAUGCCUCUACGCCGACAAGCGAUAGUGUUGAUACCACGACUGCGUCGAGCGCCACUGCUUCGAGUGCUGUCGCGACGAGUACGUCGGCGGGACUGGCGCCGAUGGUUACGGCUUUUGUUCCAAGCGAGGUGAAUCUUGGAGCUAUGGCUGUGCUUGGGGCUUGGAUGGCACUUUAG